AUGCCCUGCAAGAAGACCCUCUCCCGCCUCUUCACCCCACAAGCGGAACCCCCCGCCCUCGACCGCGGCAACUCCAUGCCCUGCUCCGCCCAGCUCUUCGAUCUCCUCAAGUUUGUCGCGGGCGGCGGCGGCGCACCCGCUGACCUCACCAUGGCCGACCUCAGCGACGAAGACGAGGCCGCAGCUCACACAGACUCCUCGGCCUCAGAUGCCGACCCCAGCGGCAUGCCAGAUACCUCAGCCUCGGUCACUCCAGACAAGUCAUCUACCGAGGCCCACGAUGACCUCAGGCGGACGUGGGCUGACGAGACGAUGCGCAACAAUCGAGAACGGGACACUAUGAGCUCGCGAUUUACUGCCUUGUCUCUGAACAAUCUCUCGGCAUCCAUGUCCACGGAGCAUGUCAACAAGAACCACCCGCCGCUCCCGUUCGCAACCAUGGACGACUCGCCCGAGCUGGCAGCCCCGAUUGCUCCACCGCCAUUGUCAAGGUCCCAAUCGUCAUUCUCCACCUCUUCGGCAAGUUCAGAGGAGGCCCCAGAUGUCGACGAGCUCGCCAACGUCGGUACGACAUUUGACGGCGACCGAGAGAUAUCGCCGGAAGAAAAGUUGGCUGCUAUUGUGAACGAAUUUGGCGAUGUGUCAAGCAUCUACGAGGGGGAUGAGCCCGAACGUAUCCUGGCGGAAAGCAAGGGCAGUCUGUUCAAGAGCGUCAUGGUAGUCGGUAAUCUCCAUCUGACAACCCACCGACUAUUGUUUCAUGCCUACUUGCCGCCCGAUAACGAGACUUGGUCCAACUUGUCGGCUCAGCAAACAGCUGAUGUCACCAAUGAUGCCGUCUCUCACCAGCCCGAUCUCCUGCAUUCCGGACCUGUGACUAUUCACCGGCCAGGGCCUAUCAGGACCAGUCGGCGGGUGUGGAUGGAGUUGAGCUCGGAGAUGGUCACAACUUUUCCCAGUGCUGACGAAGCGGGACGUGUGCGGCCUCUUCGAUGUGUUCUUUUAUCGUCUAUCAAGAAAUGCGAUCCCUUGGACCCUGACCAUCCUUGUGACUUUUACGUCACUUAUGACACACCAUCCGGUCCUCGACAGAGUCACUUUACAGUCGACACCGAGCAAUCCGCCAUUCAGUGGCGUCGAGCUCUAGACGCGGCCAUCUUUCGCCAGAUACGCCACAAAUGGCGUCAGAUCGCCCCCAGCACCAACUUUCCCGACUCUUCCGACUGGUCCGUCAUCCGCAUCUGCAUCCCUUUCGACCGCGUUACCCUCCGCGGUGUCAACAGUUUCCACUCCUUUGCCACCCUCGUCGGGAUGGAUAUUGCGAUGGACGGGGUGAGGAUAAGCAAGGCCAUGUUGCCGGUUGUAAAAGGGGAUUGGUCGACAGAGGAUCCCGUUGGGUCGGAAGGACACAAGCCGCUGUUGUCCCCAUCUUUGAUAAGGACGCAGAAGACUGGAUCCUUUCUCCAUCGGCGCAGUCUUUCUCUCGGUCGCAGGCCACAAUCUCCGGCCAGAAGCGACGUUCCCAAAUCCUCUGACGCAGCUGUCUACGAUUCACUAGAGACUCUCGGCUUGCAGUCCUCUGACCAAGGUACAAUCAGUUUCAAUAUCGGGGUAUUAAAUGAGCAAGCAUGGUUUGCGCAAGCGAUCCGCUCGGCGGUUCAUGCCUCGCAAGGACGCAAGUGCAAGCCUGCCAUGAAGCGUCCCAAGCUCGUCUGGGAAGUUGGAGGACAUGAUUGUCUGGCGACAGACGAAGAGCUCGAUGCGGAGAAGGCUCAAAGCGGGUCGAUGGACUCGGAGGAGGCCGAAGAGGAUGAUGAUGAUGGGGGUUUGGUGCAAGAAACGAGAAAGAAGGAAAAGGCGUUGAUGGCGGCAAAAGUGUUUGGGCUCAAAGAGGAAGAGGGGAUUUGGAUCAAACGGUGCUAUGUUGCGACAGCUCUCAUCCCUGCACGCGGCCACAUCAUCGUCACGCCUCGCUAUAUCUGCUUCUGGCGACGUGUCACGGUUGGAUCAGACAUCAAGUAUCGGUUCCCAAUCGAGGACGUCAAGGGUGCUGCCACAGCGCCGAGUCUCCGUACGAGGUUCCAUGGCCUUGCCUUGCAGGUACAUGGUUAUAAAGAUGUGCGCUUCGAGUUUUGGAACAAGGAAGCUAGAGACGAAGUGAGUCUACAGAAUGAUCUCAAUUCCUACGAGGCUGACGAUGAGCAGGUCAUUCUUCGAGUAAAUGCUACUUGCGCUACUCGAGGACGGGGACACAGGAGAGACUACUCACCUUCUCACCAAGAUUCUCAGUCCCAGCCCGCCACACCCGUCUCUUUCGAGGGUAUUGAGCGCGUCGCAUCCCCCGUCGGCGACCCUCUCCUCGAACACCCUGCCGACAUUCUCGUUCCUCCAAAGGAUCUUCUCAUCAAGCCAGUGCCCAUGAACGACGAAGUGAUAUCGUACAUGCCAUUUGUGGCGAAUAGACCACCGGGAUUGACUUCCAUCAAACCAAGGACUUUUACAUGCUUGACGAUUGGUUCGCGUGGCGAUGUGCAGCCGUAUAUUGCUCUUGGUUUGCGCCUAAUGAAGGACGGUCACAAGGUCGUCAUCGUUACGCACGGCGAAUUCAAGGAAUGGGUUGAGGGGUAUGGGAUCGAGCAUCGACAGGCAGGAGGGGAUCCGACGGCGUUGAUGAAGCUCAGUCAAGAGCACCGAAUGUUCUCACCCGGCUUUUUCAAAGAGUCUCUAGGGGCUUUUAGGCAGUGGCUCGACGACUUGUUGCUUGACUCUUGGAAUGCUUGCCACGACGCGGAUGUUCUCAUUGAAAGCCCAUCCGCCAUGGCCGGUAUACAUAUCGCUGAGGCUCUCAAGAUUCCGUAUUUCCGGGCGUUCACCAUGCCCUGGACGAGAACCGCGGCCUACCCGCAAGCUUUCCUUGUGCCAGCCUUUGAGAUGGGCCCGAGCUUCAAUUACUCUACCUACGUCUUGUACGAUAAUAUCAUUUGGAAGGCUACAGCGCCGCAGAUCAAUCGCUGGCGUAAAAAGCACUUGGGCAUCAAGGGCACAGAUAUGGCUGCAUUGUCAGUAACCAAGGUGCCGUUCUUGUACAACUUUAGCUCUUCAGUGGUACCGAAGCCGUUGGAUUGGCAUGACGAUAUCAUGAUCACUGGGUAUUGGAGUUUGGAGGACAGCGACUCGGAUUGGUCGCCUCCAGCCAAGCUUGAUGAGUUUAUCGCAAAGGCCAAGGAAGAUGGCAAGCCUUUGGUCUAUAUUGGAUUUGGGUCGAUUGUCGUUCCCCGACCAAACGCAAUGACCAAAAGCAUUAUCAAGGCUGUCGAGAAAGCCGACGUCCGCGCCAUCAUUGCCAAGGGGUGGUCUUCUCGAGGUGGUGAUCCAGCCACGGAAGGCGAGCACAUCGAGUUCCCAGCAAGUUGCUAUGGUGUCGACAAGAUCCCUCAUGCCUGGCUCUUCCCCAGAGUGCAAGCGGCUUUGCAUCACGGAGGAGCGGGAACAGUGGGGGCAAGUCUACGAGCUGGUAUUCCCACUCUCAUUAAACCUUGGUUUGGUGACCAGUUCUUCUGGUCCAUCCGUGUAACAAAGCUGGGCGUUGGACUCAAGGUGGCAUCUCUGCAUGCUGAUGAUAUCGCUUCGGCUUUGACCAAAGCCACAUCAGACAAGGUGAUGAUCGAAAAGGCGGCGAGGAUUGGGGAGAGAAUAAGGUCAGAGAACGGAGUAGACACGGCGGUAAAGGCGAUCAGCGACAACAUCAUAAGGGCAGGAGGGGACAGGAGGAAGAUGCAGUGGGCCAAAUGA